AGCUUUGAGUCAAAGUGAAAGUGGCCAUAUAAAAUGAUUAAGUUGCAAGUGAAAGUUAUUUCAUGGGUUUUUAUAAUUUUAACAGGAUUUUUAUGCACGCCACAAAUUGAAAGCAUAAAUACCAAUUUCCUUGAGCUGGCAGCCUUCGAGGACUUUCUGCGGUCGCAGCACUUGCAGCAGUCGCUCGUAGUCCGUAUCAAAGGACGAGAUGGCGAUGGCGACGAGGAUGGCGACUGGAAAAUUGAAUGCCACCAGAAAUUGUUGGCCAACUAUCGUGUGCAAUUUUAUCAGCCAGGAAUUUCCCACAAUUUCGACGAUCUCAUGUACUAUGGGGCGCCGCGUACAGCGGUUCUGGUGCUAAAGUUCGAGCACCGUCUUGUCAAGCAGUGGGUCUAUACAGUGGCCUCUAAGGCUGGAUACUUCAACAAUUCACUGGCAUGGUUUAUGCUUGGCACCAGUCGGGCAACCCAACUAGAUGAGGCACAAAUUACAGAACAUUUGGGGGGCUACAAGAUGGGAAUUGAUGUGGAUAUCACUGUGGCCUUGAAGGCCAGAGAUAACACCUCGUGGCGGCUUUAUGAUGUGUACAGGAUUGAUCAGCAAGUGUCAAGUGCCCCCCUGAUUGUGGAGAGAAAGGGAGAGUGGUCUCCAGCGCAGGGAUACAAGCUGAUGGACACCUUCCGCAGGAGCUGGAUAAUUCGAAGGCGCAACUUUCGCAAUGUCACCCUGCGAGGCAGCACGGCGGUAACGGAGAAACCUUCGGGCUAUGAUGACAUGGCGUACCUGGCCAACGAUAAGCAGCUCCUGCAACUGGAUCCCAUGCAGCGAAAGACCUAUCAAUUGUUCAGACUCGUCGAGCGGAUGUACAAUCUCAGCCUGGCCAUAAGCUUCACGGACAACUGGGGCCAGCAGCUGGCCAACGGCAGAUGGUCGGGUGUGAUGGGUCAGAUAACCAACGGGGAGGCCGACUUUGCCGUGUGUCCCAUUCGCUUUGUACCCGAAAGGCAGCUCCAUGUGCAGUAUUCACCCGUUCUCCACACCCAGCCCAUUCACUUUUUGUUCCGCCAUCCGCGGCACAGUCACAUUCGGAACAUAUUCUUUGAGCCACUUAGCUCUCAGGUGUGGUGGUGCGUCCUGGUCCUGAUUACAUUCAGCAUCCUUCUGCUGGUGCUCCUCAUCCGCCAUGAGGCACUACAGAAUGGAAAUCUUGUGGAGACACGUGUGGCCUUUGUGUGGUUCACCAUGCUGGAGACUUAUCUGCAGCAGGGCCCGGCCACCGAGCUCUUCCGACUGAUGUCCACCCGUUUGCUGAUCAGCGCCAGCUGCAUCUUCAGCUUCAUGUUGAUGCAGUUCUAUGGAGCCUUCAUUGUGGGAUCCCUGCUCUCGGACAGCCCCAGAAGCAUUGUCAAUCUGCAGGCGCUGUUCGAGAGCAACCUGGACAUCGGCAUGGAGAACAUCUCGUAUAACUUUGCGGUGUUUGGCAACACCAGUGGACAGCUCGUAAGAGAUGUAUACAGCAAGAAGAUCUGUCGAUCUGGAGAGCACAAUGUUAUCACCUUGGAGCAGGGAGCCGAGCGGAUUAUAAAGGGUCGUUUUGCAUUUCAUGCGGCCAUCGAUCGUCUGUACAGGCUGCUCCUGGAGAUGCGGAUGGAGGAGCACGAGUUCUGCGAACUCCAGGAAAUAAUGUUCAAUCCCCCCUAUGCGGCUGCCUCCGUGAUGGCCAAAGGCUCACCCUGGCGCGAACAUCUAGCCCAUGCCAUUCUCCACCUGAAGGCCACUGGCCUGAUGCAGUACAACGACCGCUUGUGGUCGGUGCCCAAGCCGGACUGCAGCCUCUUCAAGGCCUCCCAGGUGGAGGUGGAUCUGGAGCACUUUGCCCCGGCUCUCUUCGCCCUAGUGCUGGCCAUGAUAGCCAGUGCAUUGGUGUUUCUGCUGGAGCUGAUUGGUAUUUCCAAGCGCAUUCGUAUUUUUUUCUUAUUUAAAAAACAGAAAACUUUUGCAUUCGUUUGA